AUGACGAUAAUCUCCUCCCGGUCAACCCUUCUGGCUGUAGUUGUAGUUACACUUGCUGUGGUGUCCUACGUUGAGGCUAAGACUACACCCAAACCAAAGUACCAGUACACCAAGAAGCCUAUCCCACACAUCACUGUUCAAAGCCCUGUGACCACCAGCAUGCCCAAGACUUACAAGACAGUUCCGAGCCCACAUCCUGUGGAGCCCCAACUUCCUCCUGCCACAGAGAGAACCAACUAUGCAGGGCAUGGGUAUCCACAUUAUUAUGAGGGAACUGAGACCCCUGGUGUUGGCCCAGAGAACUACACCCUGGAUUACAAUGAGUGCUACUUUAACUUCUGUGAGUGCUGUCCUCCAGAGAGAGGCCCCAGGGGGCCAAAGGGCGACCGUGGACUGGCAGGGCCACCAGGGGAAAGAGGGAUCCCCGGUACAGUUGGUUUACCAGGACCACAAGGAGGUAUUGGUCCCAUUGGGUUUAAAGGAGACAGAGGUGAAAGAGGUGACAGAGGAAGCAGUGGGACAGCCGGGCCACCAGGGGUACCCGGGAAACCAGGACAAAAAGGGGAAGUUGGCUCGAAAGGUGAGAGAGGAGAAAAAGGCCUGCAAGGACUUAAAGGUAGUAGUGGGGAGAAAGGGGAACCUGGCUUGAAUGGGACUGUUGGUGAAAAAGGAGAACCCGGUAAAGAGGGCCCAGCCGGACCUCCAGGAUCAGCUGUUGGGUCAGGCCCCAAGGGAGACAAAGGGGAUAAAGGGGAGUGUGGCUUGUUUGGCGAGAGAGGAAUAAAAGGUGAGCCAGGGGACCCUGGACCUCCGGGAAUCCCAGGAGUUAUGGGCAUCCCCGGAAUGAAUGGCAAGCAUGGUUCCCCAGGUCCUGUAGGAGUUCAGGGGGAUCCUGGACUGCCUGGCCCACAUGGAGAACAAGGGGUUAGAGGACCUCAGGGACCAAUUGGAGUAAGAGGGAUGCUUGGCCCAAAAGGGGACAGAGGUUAUCCUGGGAUGCGAGGCGAUCGCGGCAUUCGUGGACUCAAGGGAGCAAAGGGAUCAUGGGUUCCUCUGAAACGCUCUGCCUUCAGUGUAGGUAUCUCCCCAAGAAAGUCUUUCCCGCCCUCCGGCUUCCCAAUCCGCUUUGACAAAAUCUUCUACAAUGAAGAGAACCACUUCAACAUCACUUCUAAUAUGUUCACAUGCGUCUAUUCUGGGGUUUAUGUCUUCUCCUUCCAUGUCACUGUACGGAAUCAGCCACUGCGAGCCUCACUGGUGGUGAACGGUUCACGGCGGGUAAGGACGCGUGACUCUUUGUAUGGCCAAGACAUUGACCAGGCAUCCACUCUGGUGGUGCUGCAGCUGGGGGUGGGCGAUCAGGUGUGGAUGGAGACACUCAGAGAUUGGAAUGGGGCGUAUGCCAGCAGUGAGGAUGACAGCAUCUUCUCUGGAUUCUUGCUUUACUCAGACAAGGCCUAA